AUGGCUAUCGAGAAACCCCUUUUAUGUCUGCGGAUCGUCGCCCAGCUGUGGCCGGAAGCCAAUCAGCGGACAGGCUUGAAAAUUGACUCUGAAGUCAGCAAAGUGGACAACCUGAAGUACGAAAUUAUUCUAGUUGCUAAGACUACUCCGUACGCGGCGGUGCAUAUCAAGAGUGGCUACAACACCAACCAGUCGAGCUGGAUCUCGACUGCGCUGAACAGCAUCGCGGAGCUGUAUGGUCUGAACGACCAUAGAAGUGCUUCCGAGCGUCUGGUGGCGGUAAAUGAAUCUCUUCGUGAUGAUGCUUUCAUAUACCGCGAUAGUGACCGCGGGCUGCCACUGAGGUCUUUGCCGAUGGCAAUGUACCGUAAUUUCAUGUAUUCAUGGAACCUUCUGGAUCAUCGGAUGCAGGAAAAGGCGGUGUUGACAGUACGCAACGCGCUGAAGAUCAAGAUCAGGUCCUCUAUCGAUGAGGACGACAAGGCACCAGUGGUGCACACGGAGUCUACUCGCGAGUUGGAUCCUGCUGUAAUGGAAGCAUUCCGUGGGGAACCUCUUCCUAGUGAUCCGGAUUUAGGACCAUUGGUGAUGCCAAAUGCCAGGAAAGACUUCCCCAAGGAGGGAGAAAUCCCGCAGGAGGGGGCCAUUCAGGAGAAGGGGGAAAGCCAGGCGGAGGGGGAAACUCAGGAGGAAGGGGAAAUUCAGGAUUAG